AUGAAUGAAGCUGCUAACGACAAUUUCCAGUACAUAUCUCAAUUAAUGGCUACAUUAGCAUCCGAAUCAAGAUCAAAUAGACAAGAGACGGACAAGAUAGAAUUACUUUUGAAAAGAGUUGCAAAACAAUCUGCUAUAUCAUAUGAAAAAUUCGGAGAAGAUGUUUCCUCAGAGACACUUCAAAAUUAUGAGAAUCUAUCAAUACCGUCUGAGGUGGACAUUUUGGUAAAUGAAAAUUAUGAUUUGCUAUAUCAAAUUGAGCAACAAAGAUUUAUAAAUAAUAAGAUAUCUAUACUAAUACAAAAAAUAAUGGAACACUUUAUAUCAAUCAAGAAUUUUAUUAAAGAACAAAAAUUUAUGAGAGAUCAAGAUCUGGAUAAUUUUAUCUACGAAAAUUUUGAAUCCCAGGCUGUGAUACUUGAUUCUCAUCUUAAUAUUUUAAGGGAAAAGAAAGAUAUCAGUGGGAAAAAUUUAUCUCGGAUAAUAACAAAACUUAAAGACAUAUUUAAAACUCUUGAUUGGUCCCUAAUAUCGAAAAAUAAACACGAAUUUAAACUAUUGUUGAACCAAAUUCAAAAUUUAGAUGAAACAUUCAACAUAAAGCUCCUUAAUGAGUAUGAUGUUGCUCUUGCGAUGCAAUUCAGCGAAUAA